AUGAGCCCGUCCAAGCUCCAACAUACUAUCGACGUCGCCGACCUUUACGACGAGGACACGGAUACAUCCACAGACGGCGAUGCCCAGGAGACGCUGAUCGAAAAGAUUGCGCCUGAGGUGCAUGUCGAGGGUGCGGGGUCGCAUGUACCGGCUGGUUGCUUACCGGACGAGGCGUAUGAGAAUGCGCUCCCGCCAAUCCGACUGGCUGUCCGCAAGAGGCUCGUGCGAUGCGUGGAAUGGGAGAGUCGCGUUCUCGGGCGUUGGCAGGCCAAGUUACGGAAUGUCUGGUUAGACCGCUAUUUUCUGACGACAUCUAUGCUUGGGACACACACGUUCUUUAUGUUGUUCUUGCCUUCUCUUUUCUACUUCGGUCACGACACGACAGGAAGAGGUCUGACCUAUGUGUCGGCUCUGGGCGUAUACGCCACGUCCUUCUUCAAGGACUUUGCGUGUUCACCAAGGCCGUACGCACCUCCAGUGACUAGGCUUACGAUCGGUUCCCACCAUCUGGAAUACGGCUUCCCAUCCAGUCAUACAGCCAACAGCACUUCCAUGGCACUCUUCCUCCUCGCCCGCGUUUAUCCUCUUUGGGUCGACAGCACACUGUCCACACCAGCCUUUUCCGUCAUCGGGGCAUUUUUGCUCUUCUAUGUUUUCACGAUCAUCGGCGGACGUCUCUAUCUUGGCAUGCACGGCUUCGUCGACUGCACCAUGGGGUUCACACUCGGAGUGGGGAUGUGGCUCAUACAGAUCUUGUACAUGCCCAUCCUCGAGGACUGGUUGCGAGCCUCGGGCUGGAUGGCACCUCUGACGACACUUGGUGUCAUACUCUUGAUGGUCAACCAGCAUCCUCAGCCUGUUGACGAUUGCCCAUGCUUCGAAGACGCUAUCGCUUUCAUGUCUGUCGCCCUGGGUAUCUUGCUUUCGGUAUGGGCGUACGCGCACGUUCCAUUCUUCAACACCGUCAACUUCGUGACACUCCACCCCGGAUACCAACUCGAUACACCGCGCGACUACGCUAUCUGGACGCUAUUCGCCGUGAUCAAGCUUGUGGCUGGGAUCCUGGCCAUCUUUGCGUGGCGUCUCAUCGCAAAGCCCACCGCACAGAGCGUGCUACCUCCGUUCUUCCGAUUUCUGGCCCGUUUCGUACGGCCGCUUGAACUUCCGAACCGCCGUCACUAUACGCCGGCGACGGAAUAUGCCCACCACCCACCGCACAACCUUCGCCCAAUCCCAUCCAUGCUCGAUUUGAGCCUAAGUGUCACGGCGGAGGGUGCAGACGCUGCCGGUAUCGCUAGCGCAUUGGACGGCAAGAAGCAUUCUGACGGUACCGUCACGCGCCGUGGCAAUGGGUCCAGCGGGGACAUCGGACAGCCUGAGAAGGUUUCCAAUUUCUACAAACUACCCCAGCAAGAGCAACGCGAAAAGGUGUUGCACUACGACGCCGAUGUCUUGACGAAGGUCUUCGUCUACGCUGGAAUUGCUAUCGUCGCCUCGCUUCUUACUCCCACGGCUUUCGAGGUUGUCGGCUUGGGCGUACGCAUGUCAUGA